AUGCGCUCUUUCGUUGCCUUUGCGGCUUUGGCCCUUUCGGCCGCUGACCUGGCUACUGCCGGUCCCUGCAAGCCUCGUCCUACCACCACAGAUGCCGCAUCUACCGUGGAUACCUCAGCUACCUUGGAUCCCACAGCUACUCUGAAUCCCACAGCUACCUUGGAUACCUCGGCUACCUUGGAUGCCUCAGCUACCUUGGACCCCACGGCUACCUUGGAUCCCACAGCUACUUUGGAUCCCACAGCUACCUCGGAUGCAACCGAGACUACCGCUGGUGCUGAUGCCACCACCCUACCUGAUCCUCCGACCAACAAGCCCAUCGAGAACUCUUGCACAGGUGGUGGCAUGACUGACCUCUCCGUCUUCAACAAGGUGGGCGACGUUAAGCCUAACGGACAGGACGGUUUCACCGAAGAUGGAGGCCGAGAUACUUCUUGUGCUCAGCUCACUGCCAAGUCCACUGGCCCUACUCGCAAGCGUCAGGAUGCUGGUGAUGUCGCUGCUCUUGGCCAAAGCCUCUCCGACCUCAACACUCGCACCAAGUACACCGUCCAAUUCUGGUACCGUAUUGCUACGCCCCCCAUCAGGAACAAUGACUGUACCCUCGAGGCCUAUAUCGGUAAUCUUCGAUUUUUCAACACUGCCAUCUUUGCCAACGAUGCUAGCGACAGCUACAUCCAGGUCCUCACCUCCACCAGCGUUCCUGCCUCUCAGGGUGAGCUGAACUUCAAGACCACCUGUGCCAACGGAGAUUCUGCCUCUGUUCUCAUUGACUCCAUCUUCAUGUCCAACCAGGUCACUCCUGAGAACAUUGACAACUACCGACUUGACUUUGGCGAUGGUCAGAUUCGUGAGCCUACCAACUCUCCUGCUACCACUGCCGGCACCCAGCUUCCUCCCACUACUCAGCCUGCUGCUGCUACUACCACUUCCGCUGCUGGAAAUGGCGGUAGCGGCAACACCUCUGCUCAGCCUACCUCUGCUGCUCAGAGUGACGCUACUACCCAGGGCAACUCAGAGUCUACCGAAACUGGUGCUAUCAAGCCAACCACUGCUUCCCAAGAUGGAGAGGAGACGUCUCAGCCCACUCAGGGUAGCGGCUCCCAGUCUACUUCUGUUGCUGAUGGAGGCUCUUCGGCCACCACUAGCGCUGCUGGAAGCGAUGGUGAUGCUACUACCCAGACCCAGGGCUCUCAGCCUACCACUGUUUCUGAGGGCUCCGACGUUACCAGUGCCACUCAGGGUUCCGGCUCUCAGCCCACUAGUGCCACUCAAGCCUCCGAGUCUGACGCCACUACCGAGACCCAAGGAUCUGGCUCCCAGCCUACCUCUGCUACCCAGGGCUCUGGCUCUGACGUGACCACUGCCAACAGUGACUCUGCCGAGACCCAGACUGCUUCUUCCCAGGGCACUCAGUCCAGUGCACCAGCAUCUGAGCAGACAGAAGCCACCUCUGUUCCUACCACCACUGUUGCCUCCGAGAACGAGUCUAGCCAGUCUACCUCUGCUCCUGUUGUUGACGAGGCCGUUACUACUACUACCGCCGCCACUGGUUCUGAGUCUUCCUCGGUCGCUAUUGGUGAGGAUGCCACUACUACCACUGUCGCCGUUGGCUCCGAGUCUACCUCUGCCGCCAGCAUUGAGUCUUCUUCUGCCGCUGGUUCUGAGUCUACUACCGCCAGUGUUGAUGAGCCUGCCACUACUGCUGCUGAUAGCGAGUCUACUACUGUCUCUGCUGAUAGUGCGUCUACCACUGCUGCUACCGGUUCUGAGUCUACCACCGCCGCUGUUGAUGAGGCUGUUACUACAACCACUGCCGGUGCCGAUAACGAGUCUACUACUGUCGCUACCGGUUCUGAGUCUACUACUGCUGCUGUUGUCGAUGAGGCUGUCUCUACUACAACUGCCGCUGCCGGUACCGACUCUACCACUGUACCCGCUGGUAAUGAGUCUACCACCGUCGCUGCUGACAACGAGUCAACUUCUGCUUCCGCCAGCGAGUCUGUCGCUACCACUACUACUUCUGGAGUUGAGUCCACUUCUGUUGCUGUCGGCGACGAGUCUGCUAUCACCACCACUGCCCCGGCUGACAAUGAGUCAACUUCUGCUCCUGUCAGCGAGUCUGUCGCUACCACCACUACUGCCGGAGCUGAGUCUACGUCUGCUACCGUUGGUGAUGAGUCUGCUACGACUACCACUACCCCAGUUGAUACUGAGUCUACUUCCGCUCCUGUCAGUGAGUCCACCGCUGCUACUACCACUGCCACCUCUGGAACCGAGUCUGUCAUUACUACCACUACUGCAGCUGCUGGUACCGAGUCAGCUUCCGACACCGUUAGCGAGUCUAUCGCUGCCACCACCACUGCCACUGCAAGCGAUUCUGCUACUACUACUGAUGCCUCAGCUACAAGCGACUCUACCACUACCACUGAUGCCUCAGUUGCAAGCGAGUCCGCCACUACCACUGAUGCCUCAGUUGCAAGCGAGUCCGCCACUACCACUGAUGCCUCAGCUGCAAGCGAAACCGCCACUACCACCGAUGCCUCUGUUGCUAGCGAGUCUCUUAUUACCACCACUACAGCUGCUGGCACCGAGUCUACCUCCGCUCCUACAACCACCGAGGCCUCAGCUACUAGCUCGGGCACGCCCGAUGAGACCACCUCUACCUCUUCCUCCGAGCCCACACAGGCUUUUGUUGCCCGCGCUGAGCCUGCUCGCACAAAGUGUCUCAGCACUAGCAACUCCGUUGCGAACGGUGACUUCGACAACGCUGCCGCCGACUGGACCUUCUCUGGAAGUGCUACUGCUGUUGAUGAUAAGGGACAUGGUACCAAGGCAUACACCAUCGGUUCCUACGGUAUUGGAUUCAUCGGACCUGCCACUGGCUCUUUCAGCCAGACCAUCAGUGACCUCGAAGUUGGUGAGAACUACUACCUCAGCUACGCUUACUACGUCGAUAGUGAUGCUAGUCUCCCCGACAACGAGUGCACAGUCAAGGUCACCUUCGACUCUGCCGAGGUUGAGACCUUUGAUCCUUUCUCGGAAUCCGAGGCCCGUGACGGAUUCCGCAACCGUGUCUUCCAGGUUGCUCCCGAUGCCGCGUCGAGCGAGCUCUCGUUUGAGCUUAGCUGCAACAACAACCCUGACGCCUUCAACCUGAUGAUGGAUGACGUCUACCUUGUCCGUUGCGACGAGUAA